ACAGACUGGGAUUCUUAAGGCUACAGAGCACCUGGAUUCUUAAAGAUUAGCAACAGGCAGGCGUGCUUCAGAGUGCCAGAGCUUCUUGCUGCCUUGUCCCAGAGCUUGUUUUUUCUUUCCUGAUUUGUGUUUCACAACUUGACUGAGUGAGAGUGGAGGCGGCCAGGCAGGAUGAGUAGUGGGGGGCUUGUACUAAGCACCCCGAAUUCAGACGAAAACACAGCAUUUACGCUACUCAAGCCAGUCACAAUGUCUAGGGAGCCUACUGAAGACAUGGCUGUCUUUGAUGACAUCAAACCCCCAAUACGGAUCCUGGACAAUCAACAUGAUUUGGCACAGGCACAAGCCGAAAUGGACAAGUACCUCUCAGGGCAAGUGCCAUCAGUGCUAAUGGGACCUGAUAAGAAGUAUCGCCGGGAGAGUGCCUCAGUGGUGGAUGAGUAUUUCUCAACUGAGAAACCACCUUCCACUCCCUACAGUGUGAAUAUCAAUGUGAUCCUGCCGGACACCACUCAUCUGCGCACUGGGCUCUAUCGGCCCACCAAGCCCCUUGCCCCCUUCCCACAGAUCAAAAUGGAACCUGGCACCAGCUUUGCCCAACCCUGCUCCUCCACUACUGGCCCAACACAGACUCUGCCAGACUUCACCAGUGUCUUCAGCAUGCCCCAGUCGGUGGCAGCAAGCAAUAUCUUUGUCAAACAAGAGGUGCCCUCUGAGAUUCCUCUGUCAUCCAGCCUGCUCUACCAGUUGCCAUCUGGCCACAGUGGAGGAGAAAUGACCACAAUGGCACACUCCACAUGCAAUACUACUGCCAUCAGCACCAUCACUGGAGUCGCCAUGUCCACCAGCAAUUCCGUGCUGGACUCCAGACCCCUUCCCAGGCCCAUUCGGCCAGGAGGGCAGGGGAAGCCAUUCCAACCCACCUCCCAAGGGCAAGGCAGUUUCCACUUAGCAGGACAGUUCUACCCUGUGCCAGGAGUGAGCCUGCCCCCUUCACCGCCCAACUCACAGCCCGGUAGCCCUGAGAACCAGCCGGAGCUCAUCAACACCAUCUCUCCUCCGCCUCCCUACGAAGCUGCUUUUGGACUGAAACUGGCUCAGCCGGGCCACAUCCCACCACUUUCAAACAGCCUUGGCAACCUCUCCCAGGGACAUAUCAUCAUGCAGACACCUAAAUACAAUCGGCGGAACAACCCAGAACUGGAAAAAAGGAGGAUCCAUCACUGCGAUUACCCUGGUUGCACAAAGGUCUACACCAAAAGUUCACACCUGAAGGCACAUCAGAGAACACAUACCGGUGAGAAGCCCUACAAGUGCACGUGGGAUGGCUGCGACUGGCGUUUUGCCCGCUCGGAUGAGCUCACCCGACACUACCGCAAGCAUACUGGAGCCAAGCCUUUCAAGUGCAUGGCUUGUGGCCGCUGCUUCUCCCGCUCUGACCAUCUGGCUCUGCACAUGAAGAGGCACCAGAACUAAAGACUGGAGCACCAUCAUCCUGCAGUGGUGAUCUACCCCUCUCAUUUUGUACAUAAGAACCAACCCUCACUGUGAUCAAAUGGCUACACAUCUGGCUUUGCUUCUUGAUACCAUGAGUGCUUUGAAAGAAAAUGAAGCCACAGAAGGGAAAUAUCCAGGAGAAGCUCUGGAAUUCCGGAGUUCCAUCUCCAGAAAACAUGCAACUUAUUUUGCCCUUCAAGUGACCUUUCCUCCUGCUUCUCUAGUGGGGCUUUUUGCUUCUUGGCAGCCCUAGAAUGUUUGGGCCCUUGGUUGAAGGUCACUUCUGCAGACUGCCCACUGGUUUCAAGAAUCAUGCAGAGCUUUUGAGACCCUGACCUGUUUGAAACAUCAAGUUGGUGCAAGUAACAU